UCAAUUCAAUAGGCCUCUUGAUGGUUAAAAUAUUUUUUGCUGUUGGAGUUGUUUGUCUGCCACUGCCAGACUCAGGACCUCAUAUAGCCAAUGGAUGGGGGCAGACGGUCCGGCUCAGACAUUUGUAUGCAGCCAAACACGGGUUACACUUGCUCAUCAACAAUGAUGGCAAGGUGCAGGGAUCUCCUGAACAGAGCCCUCACAGUUUGGUGGAAAUUCGACCCGUAGACACAGGCUGUGUCGCAAUCAAAGGAGUUGCAGCCUCACAGUAUCUUUGCAUGGAAGAGAAUGGGAGACUUUACGCAUCGCAAGCCUAUAUGAAAGAUGAUUGCACCUUCAAGGAACACAUCCUCCCAGACGGCUACAAUAUUUAUGUCUCCAACCAGCACGGGACACUGGUGAGUCUGGGUGGCAGUAGGCGGAGGGUUCAGGGGCAGGACCGAGAUGCUCCUUCACUGUCCCAGUUCUUGCCAAGGAUGAGCACCUUGCCCCUGGAUAGAACCACAGAUUUGGUCUUACCAGCCCACCCAGAGCGAAGCCCUCCGACGGGUCUGGACAUGGAUGAUAUGGAUUCCUUUGGGAAACUUUCCCAGAUCCUAAUCCUAAGCCCCAGUUUCAGUAAGAGAUGAGCAACACAAAGUGCUCACAUGAUAAAGACACUAAAAAUGUAUACAUUUAACAGGUUGUCUCCAAACAUAUUAUUUAUGCCAGGCACAUGAUAUUAUACAC